UUGCCGGGCUGCUCAUAUCACUGCUUCUUCUUCUUCUUCUUCUUUUUUUUUCAUUUUAUUUCCUAAGAGAAUCUAUACUGCCCUGUUUGUUUAUUCUUGCAUGCAUCGGUUUAUCUUUGGGCCCUUUAGCCCUCAUAAAUGCCGCCCUGCAUUCUUGACUCUAUAAAUGCUUGUAUUUACAUCACACACUCCCCACUCGUUAAAAACCAGCUCUUUCAUUUUUUUUCUGAUAUUCAAGCAACCGCUUUCACACUCUUUUCCUUCUCUGCACCCCUUUUUAGAGCUCUUUUCCAAUGUUAAAGGAGUGGUUUCCAGGCAUCACUGAGGUGGUAUUUAGGUGGGGAGGGGCUGUGUCUUUGUGGUUUUUUGCUGCAAUGAGAGAUCUUGGAAUUGGGUUCUUGAUUGGAGUUUUGAAGAGAAUUGUCUUUGCUGCUGUCACCUGCAUUUUUGCUUUAGGCGGUGCUAUAGUGGGAACCGUUGUGGGAGCAAUGAAAGGCCAGACGACAGAGACUGGGUUUUUCCGGGGAGCUGGAAUUGGUGCUGUUGCAGGUGCCAUCACAGCUGUUCAAUUGCUGGAAUCAUUGGCUAACGGGGAGUCAUUGUCCAAGGUAGCUUUGUUAGUUAGCUUAGUAAAUGGGAAGGUCUUCAUCGAAUGGGUAAGUCCAGCAGUGCUAAAAGCUUAUCAAUGGCAAGUAAGUAAAGUUCUCUUUGUAGGCAAACAAAAUUAUAGUUUCUUAAGCAUUUGUGUUUUUUGUUUCUCUUUUCAUCUAAUGGGAAACCUGAAGGAAAUGUUUCAGAUGAACUCACUCGAAUCGACAUAUAGAGAAAUCUCAGAUAUAUAUGAUGUAAAUGGAGCAAAGGGUUUGUCCAGAAGUUGCAUUCAAAAGCUUCCAGUGCAUGAAUUUCACCCUAGUGGGAUGAUCAAAUCAAGGGAGGAAUCUUCCUGUUCAAUCUGCUUACAGGAGCUAAAGGAUGGAGAAUUGGCAAGAAAUCUUCCCAGAUGUGGCCACAUCUUCCACUUAAACUGCAUAGAUGAAUGGCUAAGCAGGCAAGGAACUUGUCCUAUGUGUAGAGAACAAGUUUGCAAUGAUGCUGAGGAACUGUAAAUCAUCAAAUUUUGAUUCACCAAAAUAGAAAAAAAAUGGUGAUUGGGUUUUGAAUUGUGGCAAUGUACAAUUUGUAAGAAGAUGAAUGAUGGAAUAUGAUGCCCAAAGAAAAAAGUCUGUUGUAUAUAGACCAUUGCAAGGUUUCCUAGCCAACUUCUGUUUGCCAGGGAGAAGAUGGAAAUGGCUUCAUCAAGCAUUGGUUUACUUGUAAAACUUCUUUCAUUUCAAAACAGAAAGGGAAAAUCAUGCUAAAAUAUAUAGAUUUAGGAGAAGUCUUAGCCAUUAUCUUCCAUUCUUUUUCAAUUUAAGAAUUAACUAAGACCUCAA